CCAGGAGUAGAGUUAGAACGAAAGUGGCGCCAUAUGCGUGAUCGUUAUGUUCGACUUCGCAAAAUUGAUAAAACUAGCACUCCUCUCAAGAAAGGCGAUAAAUGGUACUAUUACUACAAGAAAAUGUCAUUUCUGGACCCCUACAUCGAACAUAGAAAUAGGAGGAAGAGGGGUGACUUGAUGGCUAGUCUAAUGAAGUUGGGAGGAAAUGCUGAAGGUCUGUAUGAUCAUCAGAUAACCGAAAGAAAUGAUGAAGAAGAAGGGAGUGAUUCUGCCGAGGGUGAAAUCGAGGACAGAUGUGAUCCACUCAAAGAAUUCUAUGCAACAUUUGCAGAGCAAAGCAUGGCCAUGCCUUUACCAGUUGAUGUUGAGCAUUUCGAUAAACAGUCGCAGUCUUCGAGUUCGGGUGCGAAGAAGAGAAAACUGGAUGAGAAUCAUGAGGAUGAUCUUGGCGAAACUGAGGUUUCACUUUUUGUGCGUUCAAUCGAAAAAUCGCUCACCAGCAUGGAUGCGCGUACUUUUGCUCUGGCUCGACUGGAAAUAUCACGGGUUUUGUUCGACUGUCAGUAUGGUGAACCGAAGACGGUUUGA